AUGGAUACUGGAAUUAGAGAUUAUAAGGACCUGCUAACUUCCAUUUCUUUGCUUGCAGAAGCCAUUCACGCCAUUCUGCUUUACAGCCAGAACGUGGAAGAACUUCUGAGACGCAGGAAGGUCUAUCGAGAAAUAAUCUUCAAGUAUUUGGCAGCACAAGGAAUUCCAGUCCCUCCUUCCUUGGAGAAACAUCUGCUCAUUGACCGUGUGAGGCAGUUCUGGAGUGGGCAGCUCUCAGCUCGAGCCUUGGAGUCGGGGCAGACAAAACUGCCUGCAGAGAGUCAUGGAGAGGGAGGAAAGCCACCACAAGAUGACAUUGGUGGUCUGGGAGGACAAUUCUGUCAGUGGUACUUUGAACUCCUGAACUCUCAACAUCCCUUGGGAGUAAAAUCUGAAGAUACAUGGGGACCACAGCAUUUCUGGGAGGAUGCCAGAAUGAAAUUCUGCUACGACACUUCGGAAAAGAACAUGGAACAGUACGUUGGUGCGGACAUGGUGAGCCUUCGGCUGCUCUCCUUGGUGAAGGAGGAAUGCCUUCUCUUCAACCCCAACCUGCAUGGCAAUGGCCUCAAAUAUGCCAUGUCUCCUCAUGGCUUGGUGCUGGUGGCAGUGGCUGGCACAGUGCACAGAGACAACACUUGUUUGGGCAUCUUUGAGCAAAUCUUUGGGCUCAUCAGCUGCCCCGUCAGGAAUAACACCUGGAAAAUAAAACUCGUGAAUCUUAAAAUAGUCGGACAGAACGCUCUGGAGCCUGGGAUGCAGAUUGAGGAACCCUCCAUAAAAUAUGAGCUGAACCAACUGAGAGAGUUCUAUGAUGGGAAGGAACUGACCGUGUUUGAACCUCAGAAAUUCUGAGAAUCUCAGAAAUUUUUUCGCACUGGGUCAGGGUGGAUGCUUGCACCCUUUUCUGACUAAGAUUGUCUGGGUGGCGCACUGAGAUACAGAGUCUAAAGUAUUAACACAGGGAUUACUUGUGGGCACCUUUCCAAGAGCUAUCACAUAUUUCAGAGUAUUACUUCAGGUUUUGCACUGUAGAGUGGAGUUACUUUGGUUAUCCUGGUACAAAACGUGGUUACAUUUCACUGUGGGCUGGCAGGAAUGUCGAACAGAUGACCUGGGGUUCACAAACUGCACAUUCCUUCUCUUCAGGACACCAGUUUAAACUCUUACCUGAGAUGGAGUAGGAAGUCAUCACACUUGACUUUGGGAAUUUGGGAUGGGCAGGUGUCUAAAUGGACAUCUAAGUCCCAAGAAGCUUUUGGAGAGGGCAGACAAAAUUCUGUGAGUGGAGGGAUGGAGGCAGCUGCCAUUUAUGUUCUGAAUGUGGUUUAAUGGGACAUUUCAGGGAAUUUAACACUGUUGAAGUCUUUUUUGGUUUUUGCCUUUGGAUGUAUAGCUUCCUUUCCUUUUACCUUAUGGUUCCAGCUUCGUAAUGAACACAGGCAAACUGCUGUUCUGUGUCCCCAAACAGACAGGUUUGAGAUGGUUGCCCAGGCACCCAUUUCUAGCACUGGCUCUCUUGGAUCAAGUAGUUCAUUCCAUAACUUGCAGCAGCACUGUAUGAACCAAAUGCUUUGAUAGUUAUUUUGUAUAUAAUUAUAACGGAGUUCUUUAUAUAAUAGUUGUGAUUUUUGUAUGUUUCCUCAAAAUAAGUAUUUUGUGUACUCUGAGCUGCUUUAUUCCAUUGACUGGAAAUCAGUUUGUUAACACUGGCUGGUUACAACAAUAGGUCAUACUAAGAAAAGUCUCCAAAUACUACUCAAUAACUGAAAUUAUUGCAAUUAUAGACCUUGAUUUUUUUUACUUUAUUUAUUUAUAAGGAAUUAGAGGUGAAACGAAACAGAAACGCCUCUUUUUGCAUCUUAUUUGGGUUGUUUGUGAGUUUACUUUAAUUUUCUAGCUUCAGCAAUUCAUGUUGUGAAAAUGGAAACAUUCCCCAAAAGAUACAAAACCAAAAGAACUGUUCCCACAUUUGUUAAAGAGGACAAAUGGUAAAGUAUGGGUGGGUGAAGGGAAACAAGAAGAUUCAGGUGUGCACAGAACUGACUUUUAUGAGCAGUCUGGAUCUUGUUUUCUCCUUAGAAUUUUCUAAAAUAAUUUCUAAGCUAAAGUUCAAAUACUGUGUUGGAAUGUUCUUUGCCAAUAAACAGCUGAGCUGCAGCUUCUUCAGCUACUGAUGUUUAAUAAUUAAAAAUCAAAAUUUAAAAUUCAGAAGAAGAGUUUCCUUUUAUGUGUUGAACUUUGCACUAAUCAAAUUCUGUAAAAAGAGAAAUAUAGUAAAUAGAAAUAAAAUAUAUCUUCAGUA